UGAAAAAUAAAGAAACAGACGUGAAAAGUCUCGAGAAUUUCGUUUCCCAUUAUAGAAUAAACAGUAAGCUUUAGGAUCAAAAAGAUAAAAUAGAGAUCCAAGUAUUAAUAUAAGAGUGAAAUUAAUAUUUAAAGUGAUAGACGAAAGUCAAAACAAAACAUAACAGCAAAGAACAAUGAAAGUUCACAAAAGAUAAGGAGGACUUGACAAUUUAAAUCUGAAGUGAAGCAUACAGGAUAAUUGAAAAUAAAUCACUGCACGAGCUAUAAGAAUUCCCUUAUUUGAAGUGUUUUGAAACGAUUAAUAUUACGAAACUACUCAACUUUAUAUUAACUAGUAUUAAGGCAUUGAUUAUUUAAGCUAGUAUAGAAUAGAUUUUGAUUAGAAUCACAAUGGGACUAAAUUACACAAAGCGACAAUGGAUCAUAUUAGCAGUGAUGGGAUUAUCAGAUUUCUUUAAUGCCAUCUGUGUUAGUUUGCAGGCUCCGUUCUUUCCAAAAGAAGCUGAAAAUAAAGGCGCAACAGCAACUGAAUAUGGACUAGUGUUUGGGAUAUUUGAACUUGUAGUAUGUUUAGCGUCGCCAUUUUAUGGACAAUUUUUAAACAAAAUAGGACCAAAGGCAAUGUUUCAAGGCGGUGUUUUUACAACUGGAACUAGCGCGAUAUUGUUUGGUCUCUUAGAUCGUGUUCCUGAGCAUGAUGCAUUUAUAGCAUUAGCUUUUGCAAUAAGAAUAGUGGAAGCGCUCGGAAAUGCUGCAUUCUUAACAGCCUCAUUCACAAUUAUAGCAACAGAAUUUCCAAAUAGCAUUGGCACGUCCUUUGCAACGCUUGAAACACUUUUUGGAUGUGGAUUGAUCGUUGGACCAAUGAUUGGCGGUGCUUUAUAUAGUAUUGGAGGCUACUAUUUGCCCUUUGUUGUGCUUGGUUCCGCACUUUUUACAUGUGCAAUUAUGACACUACUCAUUUUACCUGAUCGUCAGCCUGAGACAAAUGACGGUGAAGCUAAAAAUUCAUUAUUGCAAGUCCUUAAAAUUCCUGGCAUUGUCGUAUGCUGCCUAGGAAUUGGAGCGACAAGUGCAUCGAUUGGAUUCAUCAGUGCUACUUUGGAACCACAUUUAAGGCAAUUUAAUAUGUCUGCAAUUUGGCUUGGUGUUAUGUUUGUCAUUAAUGGAGGUGUUUAUGCUAUGACUGCACCAAUUGUUGGAUAUCUAGUCGAUAAAUACAAGACACCUAAAAUUAUAUCUAUUUUCGGAUCUCUCUUCAUUAUGGCUGGAUUUGCAUUGAUCGGUCCAGUUGCAUUCUUGCCAUUCGAUACUUCAUUAACAUUUGUGAUUUGUGGAUUAGUUUGUCACGGAAUCGGAAUUGCAAUGUCUUUGGUAUCAACAUUUUCAGAUGCUUUAAAAACUGCCGUACAGAAUGGCUUUCAAGAUGGAGUCGAAACUUAUGGAUUAAUUAGCGGAUUGUGGACAUCAAUCUUCGCUCUCGGUGCUUUUAUUGGACCAUCAGUUGCAGGAUAUUUGUUUGAUCAUGCAGGUUUUAGAAGUUCUGUCUAUUUCAUCUUAGUCAUGCACACAAUUGUUGUCUUCAUCUUUGUUAUAUUCACCUGCUUCUCAAGUCCAGGCAGAAAGUCAUACAAAGAAAUAUCGGCAGAAGAAAUGCUCAUUGGAAAAAGUACCGUGAGCCUCGACAAUUUACACUCAAGAAAUGGCUCAUUAUGCUCAUCCACAAAUAACAUUUCAAUUCCAUACAUGAAUAACAAUAUGGUGAUUGCAUCAAGCUAUGGAAAGAGUCAUCAUUGGCAGCGAAUGGAAGAAGCAAAUCUAGGAUUAUUAACAGAUCGUGAUGACAACUACGGAAGUUUCGAGAUUGAAGUUCAUCGAGACUCUGAUCAAACAAUUGCAUAAUCAGAUUGUGUUCAUAAAUUAAUUUAAUUUUUAGUAGGAUUUUAAAUUUGUCCGAACAAGCUAUAAUUUUUAUAUUAAGGCAGAGAAUCUUUGACCUAAUGACAUUAUUUUUAAUAAUUUGUUUCUAGUGAUGAUCUUUACUGUAAACUUUUAAUUGAAUUUACUAAACUAAUUUUAUCAAAUGACGAA